AUGUCUUCAACAGUCGCCAUUGGUAGAGAGUUCGAACAGAAAAACGUAGACUUAUUAAAGGCGAAGAACGUACAGGUGCAAAAUAUCUGGGAAAAGAAAGCUCUUCGUGGCAACGGUUUAGUGAACGGUUCUUCCCAGUUUCCGAAAUCCCAAAUUCG